AUGGACGUUACGAAGGUUUCCGCCCAAGCCUUUCAGGGGAUGCUUCCACUGCAACCCGGCAACGUGGAGGGCAACGAGAAGUUCCCCAAUUUUUGUUUACACGCGGAUGCCCAAUCCAGCGAUGACUGCGACUGCAACCAGCAGCAGCGCUACCAAGAGAACAAAGAGGACUACUACGCCUACCACACAGAUCUCAGCAUCAACAACAACAGCAAUUCAUUUCUUCUAGGCCUUCAGAAAAGGAAACAGUCAACCAAUUCGCGAAGGUUCCCGCCCAGCGCAUCUAAUCCUGCAGACGCUCUUGCUGCUGUUGAGCCUCCGCAUGACCAAAGGUUAACGAGAAUGGCUUUUGCAGAGCAGCAAAGAUGGGUUACGGUCCAACAGAAGACAUUCACAAAAUGGCUCAACACGAAGAUCGAGGCUCGAAACCUUGAGGUUAAAGACCUCGUAAAAGAUCUUAGCGAUGGUGUCAUGCUGAUUCAUCUCCUCGAAUGUCUUUCACACGAAUCGCUCGGCCGUUAUGCCUCAAAACCCAAGCUUCGAGUACAAAAAUUCGAGAAUGCGAACCUGGCACUCGACUUCGUUAAAUCCAGGGGUAUUCAGAUGACCAACAUCGGCGCUGAGGAUGUGGUUGAUGGCAACCAAAAGAUUGUUCUUGGUCUCAUCUGGACCUUGAUUCUUCGAUUUACCAUCAGUGAUAUUAACGAGGAGGGCAUGUCAGCAAAGGAGGGCCUCCUGCUGUGGUGUCAACGGAAGACGGCGUGUUAUGACGAGGUCGAGGUGCGAGACUUUAGCGCCAGCUGGAACGAUGGUCUGGCGUUCUGUGCUCUAUUGGAUAUCCACCGACCCGACCUCAUCGACUAUGACGCCCUGGACAAGAAGGAUCAUCGAGGCAACAUGCAACUAGCAUUCGAUAUCGCACAUAAGGAGAUUGGUAUUCCUAAGCUGCUUGAUGUGGAAGAUGUGUGCGAUGUGGCCAAGCCCGAUGAACGAUCUCUGAUGACUUAUAUUGCAUAUUGGUUUCAUGCAUUCUCGCAAAUGGAAAAGGUCGAGAACGCUGGACGUCGCGUUGAAAAGUUUGUCAACAACAUGCAAGGGGCUUGGGAGAUGCAAAGUGCCUACGAAAGACGGAUGCGGGCGCUCCUACAAGCCAUUCAAGAGCAGAUCGAGGUGUGGAAGCAAGCUACUUUCGAAGGAACAUACACCGAUGCCAAAGCUCAAUCAAACCAGUUCUUUGAGUAUAAAAAGGGUAAAAAAAGACAAUGGGUCGCCGAGAAGAGCGACCUCGCAACGUUGCUCGGAAACAUCAAGACCAAAUUGGGAACUUAUCGCCUCCGGCCAUACGAUCCACCCGCGGAGUUGAGCCUGGAUGCCCUCGAGAGACAGUGGGCAGAGUUAGCAUCAAAUGAGAUGACACGUGCCCAGCUAAUAAACGAGACGAUCCGAGAUAUCAAAAACGCCCUCCGCAAAUCCUUUGCUGACAAGGCAAAUGAUUUCGCAAUGGCUCUCAAUACCAUGCAGUUGGCCAUCUCUGGCCUUGACGGUGACGUGGAAGACCAAUUGCACCAUGUAAGGAAGCUGAGUGAGAGCCUUUCUCCCUUAGACCAAUACUUGGACAAAAUUUCAGAGCUGGAUCAGAAGUGCCAAGAGGCCAAUAUUGAGGAAAACGACUUUACUACCUACACAUACGACGAACUCUCAUACGAGCUUGGUCUUGUUAAAACUUCAGUGCAGAAGAAACUUGCGUUUUUGGAGAACCAGAUGGUAGCACGAAGUAUGACAAACCUGACUCCUAUCCAGCUGGAAGAGUUUGAGAGUGUUUUUCGUCACUUCGAUCGUGACGAUACAAACUCUUUACAGGAACUCGAAUUCAGCGCGGCACUUGCGUCACUGGGGCUUGUGUUCUCCGAGGAUGAAAUGCACGAAUACUUUCUCGAAACAUCUGGUGGGCGCGACUACGUAACGUUUGAACAGUUUAUCCGGUUCAUGGUGGAUGUGACAGAAGAUCAGAACACGGCAGAACAAGUCUUCCAGUCGUUCCGCGAGGUGGCUGACGGCAAACCAUACGUGACAGAGAUGGAUUUACGACACAGCUUGGUGCCCGACGAAGUGAUUGACCAACUUAUCGAGAUCAUGCCGCCUCACAGUGGACCAGACAUGUCGGAGGAUAGAGGAAUGCCACAGUACGACUACAUCUCCUUCAUGGAGAAGCUGAUCAACGACCAAAACAACCAGCAAGGGAACUCAGAAGCGACACAACAGAAUAGGAGCGACGCUGAGCCACAAAGCCCUCACACAAAUGGGGUCUAG